GUGAUGUAGCGGUUUGACAUUGCGUAGUGUUGUCACAACGACGUCAGGCACAAUACAAGAGUGGGUGGACGGGUAGGCACGGAUGUCAACAGACAACCCUGGAGAUCGCAUCACCACGGUCGGUUGUAAGCUGAAGGAGUUCACCGCGGUCAUCAUGUCUCGCGAUGGCUCAUUCUGCCGCGCGUUAUCUUCUGCAUGCGGGCCGCGCACAAACAUGACAUGUUCGCGUUUUCCACGGCAGAAAAAGGCGAUGAAAUGGCAAACCACAAUCCGAUCAAUCUCGAGAAUGGCUUCACUUUCCUUGAGGAAGGUGAUGGAGAUGCAGGGUGGGACUCGAUUCUGAGCAAAACCGAAAGCGAGCUUCAUCGCCGUGGUUUCAAGAGCAAAACAACAGCGGUCACGUGUGUGAGCGUCUCGUGUUGAACUUUGUUCAUCGCUUAAGCAGGAGUAGGAGAUCUCGUGCUGGCGUCGAGAAUGCAAGGUACGAACGCGAGCUCCCUCCGAUUGGCCCACAUGGACGGCAACGUAAAGAAGCCGGCGAACCCGUCAUGAACGAGGGCGACAAGGCUGGAGCCAGCACCUACGCUCGACGUGUAAGUGCCGCAAUGGCAUCUCUCUCUCUCUCGGCCCGUGGUGUUCUCAUAUCAAGUAGCUGACGAUAGCUUCGGAAACACAGACCAGUGUUACUGGUUACGGAGAGUCCAUUACCGCGUUCGUUCGAUUUGUGUCGUGCUGUUUCCCGCUGCCGAUCAGGAAAUCGUGGCCAAAAUUGGAGCAACCGCCGUCCUGGUUGAGGGACGGGAGUCAUUUCGGUUCCUCGAAGACCUUGCUGUAGGACCAACCAACAAUGAUAGAAACGGAGACGUACCUAUGCUGUCAGGUAUCCGCUGCGGUCUUCGACGGGGGGACAAAGUACCAUGAUAAAUCCCUCGUUGGUACCACGUGUUUUGCAAUAUUGUUUUUGUCUGGCUGCCCACGUCGAAAGAGAUGCAGUGGUUAACGUACAGUGUACAAACGACGCAAGGUCGACCACCUCGUAGUCAUAGGCCUGGGCGGAUUUCAGCCGUGUCCGUGUUUGCAGGUCAUACGGCGGGUGUCGCAGUGUAGGCAGAUCCUCGUAGCGCUUGUCACGAAGUUGGGUCGCGCUUCCGAAUUCAAGGGAACAACCAUCCACUCACGAUGGCGUCCAAAUAGUGCAGAAACGUGGACUAGAUGAAGUAGAGCUAGAUCCUUCGUUCGAUGGGGACGACAGUGAGUCGUAUAGUGGGGGGCUUCGCCGCUGACUGUCAGGGAUGAGACGAUUUCGGGGACCCGGUUGAUAAUUAAUCUGAGCCUGACCCUGUACUGUCUGUUCAAACGGGGAGGAUGUAUGUCAACCUGAUGGAGGCCUGCUUGAGGUGUGUGCGCAUGUACACCGAAAACACGUCCAGGGACUCUCGCCCACAUGAGGCGGACAUAUUUUGUUGAAUGAAAAUGGAAGAGUAAGCAUUUGCUGACAGACGCAGAAGUGUUGAUGGUGCUAAGCCUCGGGCGGGACUUCAAGACCCGCCACUUCAUCCUAAAAAAAUAAAAAGCAGAAUACGGUGAGGGAUUUGAGCCGGGAAGGGGGGGGCAGAGGGUGAAGACAGAAAGUCCUCGGCAAAUCAAAAUUGGUCAUGUGUCUAUAUGAUCUAGAUGGCUGUAGUUGCAGGCAGCACGUUUGUUUUUGGAAUCAGGAGUGCCGAGGGCAUGGCGGCGCGUGUUUACAGCUUGGUCGUACUGUAGUGUUGCAAGUAUCAUGUUGUCGGUUGUAUCGCGUAGAUUAUUGUCGUGCAACAGACCCCUUUUGUUUUUUUAUGAUGAAAGCUUGUAGCUUUCUUGUGAUGGCAAAUAUUUGGUGUAUUUGGCUUGGGGAGCUACACCAUACAACUGGUUUCCAGUUGCUGGUUUUGUUUUCUCCGUGUAACUUUUCUUGGUCGUUGUUUCCUGUGUGCUCCAGCGUAGGUAGGGCACAAUAAUUGGCAGGACAGAAGUCAGGCACCGGCAAGGAAAAUGCGUGGAAAGAUCUAGAUAUCGAACAGCAGAUAGCUACAAGGUGGUAGGAUAGACUGCAUUCAUGCCGAGUGUAUGCCGAGUGUACAGCAGUGUGUAGUUGAAACCGCGUGGAAAGAUACAGCAUUUUUCCAUUGUUUUGACAUCUGUUAUGGCGCUCCCUCUCCGGCUUUACUCCCAGCAGUUCCACGUCAUCAUGCCCUUGGCUACCAUACUCCACCACCACCACAACACACCUGCUAGUCUUCGGAGAGGAAGGCAAAGCUGUGCUGUGCUGUGCUGUAAGGCAGGACAUGUGCGGGUGGAGACCAAGAAGAGACCAAAGAUGCAGGAGAUACAGCAUGAUUUUCUUGUUCUCAGACGGCCGAUUGGCGCUCCCUCUUCAGCUUUGGUAGUAGAGACAGUCUUCCCUAUAGAGCUGGCCCUCCCUUUCCGCGUCUGUCGGCCUCAGUACGUGCUUGUGGCUGUUGCUGUGGGGCCA